CGGCGGUAAAGGGGUGGCUGUAGACCCUCUUUUGGGGGGGUCCGAUUAUAAAAAAUAUAUACACACAUAUAUACACGCCCAAGGCCGCAAGAUAGGUCCUAUGCCGACAUUAGGUCUUUUUUUAGCAAGCAUAUAGCGGUAUCUCUAUAAUUUUAAAAAAUGCCUAUUUUACUUUUCCUGAUAGACACGUCCGCUUCUAUGAAUCAGCGCACUUAUUUGGGUACGACGUAUCUGGACAUUGCUAAAGGCGCGGUUGAGAUCUUUAUGAAGCUGCGUGCCCGAGACCCGGCUAGUAGAGGCGACAGGUACAUGCUAGUUACAUUUGAUGAGCCACCAUACGGAGUUAAGGCGGGCUGGAAGGAGAACCAUGCCACGUUCAUGAGUGAGCUGAAGAACCUGCAGGCGUCCGGUCUGACCACACUUGGUCACGCGCUGCGGGCCGCCUUCGACCUGCUCAACCUCAACCGCCUCGUCUCCGGCAUCGACAACUACGGGCAGGGCCGGAAUCCCUUCUUCCUGGAGCCCUCUGUGAUCAUCACCAUCACAGACGGGAAUAAGCUGACCCACAACUCCGGGGUGCCGGAUGAGCUGCACCUGCCCCUGAACUCCCCGCUGCCCGGCAGCGAGCUGACGAAGGAGCCCUUCCGCUGGGACCAGCGCCUCUUCGCCCUGGUGCUGCGUCUCCCGGGCGCCGCUGCCCCGGACAGCGAGCAGCUGGGCAGCGUGCCCACCGAUGAGUCGGCCAUCACCCAGAUGUGUGAGGUCACCGGAGGCCGGUCCUACUGUGUGCGGACCCAGAGGAUGCUCAACCAGUGUCUGGAGUCUCUGGUCCAGAAGGUUCUGAGCGGCGUCGUCAUAAACUUUGAGAAAACGGGGCCGGACCCUCCUGUGCUAGGCGAAGACGGUCCGGUUGACCCGGCUCGGCCCGUGUCCUCCUUCAGCCCGCAGCCUUGGCACAGCUGCCACAAGCUCAUCUACGUGCGACCGAACCCCAAGACGGGGGUGCCUGUGGGACACUGGCCCAUCCCAGAAUCCUUCUGGCCAGACCAGAACUCUCCCACUCUGCCCCCACGCUCAGCACACCCAGUGGUACGCUUCUCCUGUGUGGACUGUGAGCCCAUGGUGAUUGACAAGCUGCCCUUUGAUAAGUACGAGCUGGAGCCCUCCCCGCUCACGCAGUACAUCCUGGAGAGGAAGUCCCCACACAUGUGCUGGCAGGUGUUUGUGAACAGCAGUGGGAAGCACAGUGACCUGGGCCAGCCCUUCGGCUACCUGAAGGCCAGCACCACUCUCACCUGCGUUAACCUGUUUGUCAUGCCUUACAACUACCCGGUCCUGCUGCCGCUCCUAGACGACCUGUUUAAAGUGCACAAGUUGAAGCCAAACCUCAAGUGGCGGCAGGCCUUUGAGAUCUACCUGAAGACGAUGCCUCCCUACUUCCUCCUGCCUCUGAAGAAGGCCCUGAGGAUGAUGGGAGCGCCCAAUCUCAUUUCUGACAACAUGGACUGUGGCCUCAGCUACAGCGUCAUCUCCUACCUGAAGAAGCUUAGCCAACAGGCGAAGAUGGAAUCGGACCGGCUGAUCGUGUCGGUGGGGAAGAAGCCCCCCCAGGAGACGGGCAUCAAGGUGAAGAACCACUCGAGCGCCCUGUCGCUGGCCCACCGCCGCGACUUCAAACAGCUGCUGCAGGGUAUCGCCGGGGAGACGCCGCUCCGCCUCGCCGACAUCAACUUCAAAGAGUUCGCCGGAUUCCAGAUCGCGCUGCUCAAUAAGGACUUGAAGCCCCAGGCCUAUAGGAAUGCCUACGACAUUCCGCGGCGGAACCUUCUGGAUCAGCUGACCCGUAUGCGCUCCAACCUUCUGCGCACGACACAGAAGCUCAUUCGUGGGCAGGACGAAGACUACCUGCACAGCAUCCCUGUGGCCCAGAUGGGGAACUACCAGGAGUACCUGAAAAUGAUGCCGUCGCCCCUGCGGGAGAUCGACCCGGACCAGCCCAAACGCCUGCACACGUUCGGGAACCCCUUCAAGCAGGACAAGAAGGGAAUGAUGAUCGAUGAAGCGGAUGAAUUCGUCACAGGCCCCCAGAAUAAGAAAAGAGGGGGCGCGGGGGACCCUAACUCGGGGGCCACGCUAAAGAGGAGGAGGAGCAUGUCCCCGCUGCUGCGGCGGCCGCAGACGCCACCGAUCAUCACCAACCACGUUGUGGGGAAGGGCCCUGCGGGGCCCCAGGGCCAACACGGCCUCAUCAAGCCCAUCCCUCUGCACAAAGGAAUGGAGGGGAACAACAUGCUGGGGACGGAGAGCAACGGGGAACGGACACAGGGUGGGGAGUCGGCCGAUGGCUGGCCCGGGGGGGUGGAUGGGGUUGGGGGAUCCCCUGUGGGUCUCUGCAUGGAGGACAGGGCUGGAAUGGGGGGAGGCGAAGGCACGGAGGACAGGAUGGGGCUGGAGGACAGACUCGGAGAGGACGGCCUCGACGUGAGGCCUUCAGACCGCCCGGGAAACUGUGAGGAGCUGAGUCCUCCCGGCCAGCAGGGGGUGCUGGACGAGACAGGGGGAGACUUGGCUGUGCCUGGGACAGUCAUCAUGCUCCCUCUGGAGGGCAGCAACGCAGAACUGCGGACACGGGUCAUCAAGGAGGUUCGAAAGCCUGGCCGCAAUUACGCGGCAAUAUUCCGGCUAUUGGAAGAAGCGAAGGGUCCAGUGGAAGUGCAGAAGUACAUCAUCCAUCACGCCAUCAAAGAGGCUGCCAGGUUUAAGAAGCGGGUUCUGAUCCAGCAGCUGGAGAUGGCCCUGGAGGAGAUGGAGGAGAAGCAGCUGCUGCCCGCCCGCCUCAACAACGUGCACGGCAGAUAGUGCAGGAGCAGCGCUGAGGGAGAGACCCGGGGCUGUGCCGGCGGGAGGGAGGCCGGAAGAGCCGGCGCAGGAAAACAGGAGCAGGGGGACGGAGAGGGAGAGGGAGAGGGAGGGAGGUGGGGGAGAGGGUUAGACAGGUGGCCCUGUUCCCAGCAGCUCCGCGCGGAGGCCGGCUGCAGCCCGGGCGCUCAGAUUCCCCUCCCAGCUCUCACAGGGGAGGGCCGAUUCGGCAGGAGGGAAGCUCACGGGGGUGUCGGAGGGAGGUUCACGGGGACGUCGGGGUGCAUUUAUGAGCGGCGACCUUUCUCGUGUAGACAAGCCCCGAGUUCCUGACCACCCGCCUUCCCAAUGUCUGUGCACACUCCCUCUGAAGCAGGCCCUCCCCACAGAAGCUGGCACCCUCCAGGAGGACAGCAAGGGUUCGGUAUGCAAGGCGGCGAUGUCUUCAGGGCACAUCUGCGAGCCGGGGAGGGUGCAUCGAUCUGCUUCUGGCGAAUAGGUCAGUGAUUUCGAGCAAGGAGGGAGACAGCGUUAGAGAUGUUAAGCACCUAAGAGGUACCUGCAUAGGCUCGACUGUACUCAAGACCAGAGGUAUCUGAGCUUGGGCGGCUUGGUCCACACAGUUCAGAGGAAUAGGACCUGUUAAAGUGCACAGGCUCUGUAGAGCUCAGCUUGGCCUCCCCUUCUGUUAAGGUUAUAGAGGAAAAGAGGUCAGUCUGUUGGUAGAUAGGAGGACGAUCAUAGACACACACUGACAGUAGGCCUGUGGCACACGCGAGGAAUCUUAUCUACCUCAACUCUUCAACGCGGUUGUUUCCGGGGGGGGUUUUCGUUCUGUGUUUUUAUUGACAACCGUUCUGUUUCCUACGGGAGUUAAAUGUGAGGUCAUGUCUGAACUGCUGGACAAUAAGCGUGACAAGACGUUGCCCUCAACCACCCCUCUUCUGUACAAUUCUCCAGACGUGCAUAAAAGCAAUAGUGUCACACACCAUUUUAUAGGCGUUGUUUUUGUUUCCUCCCCAUGUGUCGGAGGUUAGACAUUGUUCAAGGAUAUGUACAGCCAUUCUGUCUGCUGAGACACUGCUAGCUGCUAGGGUCCAACCCCCUUGUCUGUGUCUCUGUGUCACUCCUGCAGCUUGAAGUACCACCCACACCCCCCAAAUUAGCUCAAAGCGGGGUCAUUCAAAAUCUGUGCACCCCUUCCAUUGAUCACCUGUUCCCGAUUGGACGACUGAGAACUCUCACGCUGCAUCACAACACCACAGACACAAACUAGCCGUCUCCUCUUUCUUUGGUUUAUUUUUAAAACGAAAGCUGUAUACUACUUUUUAAUGUUCAUACAUGGAAAAAUAGAGAUUAUUUUUGGACAGUAUUCUU